AUGGAUGAAGACAGAAAGGCUGGUAAAGUUCUGUCGGGUUAUGCUGGCUAUGACGAGCUCUGGGAAAGCGAUGAUGAUGGAGACAUGCAAGAACUCAGUGAACUUCUCAGAGAUGGUUUCAUCUCCGACUACAAGCACGGUACUAUACUACCGCAUGUGCUUCCGCUGGAGCUUCAGUCUCAGUUCAUAGAUUUAAUGGAUAAGGAUGUAAAGAAUGAGAUCCUUGAACAAGAAGAGGCGUUGAAAGCUGAAAUUGACACCGAUAUCAAGGAGCAUAUUUUGGAAGGAACUGAUGGUGAGGAAGAAAUGGAAGAAGAAAGCCCUACAUCAAAGCAAAGUCGGAAAGCUGCGCGGAUUUUAAGAAGUGUGCUCAUGAGUGAAGGUCGUGAGAGCGAACUAUUCAUGCUUCAACUACCUGGUAUUCUAAAAGUUCUCAGCCAAGAAAGGCCAUCAGAAGAUAGAGAUGGGGUGGAUGGCAGAUCGUUGCCAGAUUCCAGUGAGAAGGCUACUGUGGAACAGUUAAGCUUACCAGCUGGUCGAUCAAUUGGAAAGUUGGUAAUUACCAAAGAUGGUCGAGUGAUACUAAAGGCUGGAGGCCACACAAUGGACGUAGCGUACACUGCAUCAGAAGGUCAACAUCAGAGCGUGGUCAUGGUGGAAACGUCUCCACAAUCACGUGAAGGUUAUGAGAUGCACAACGGCAAUGGGCGAUAUGGAGAUCCUUAUGGAGGAGGAAGUGGCGAUCGUAAUGCUGUUUACUAUAUGGGAGAUGUUCGUCACCAUUUCACGGCAUCAUUGGAUUGGAAGAAGUUGAGACCUGUCGGAAUGGAGAGCGUGGUCAUGGUGGAAACGUCUCCACAAUCACGUGAAGGUUAUGAGAUGCACAACGGCAAUGGGCGAUAUGGAGAUCCUUACGGAGGAGGAAGUGGCGAUCGUAAUGCUGUUUACUAUAUGGGAGAUGUUCGUCACCAUUUCACGGCAUCAUUGGAUUGGAAGAAGUUGAGACCUGUCGGAAUGGAGAACACAGCGACAACAUCAGACGAUAUGAUGAAAUCACCGUCGAAAAAACAGAAACCAGCGGAAUUAGACAGUAUAAGGAAGGAGCUGAAAGAGUUGCAACAGCAACGGACCAAACAAAUUACUAGCGCUUUGAAGAGAUGGAAUGCCUAG